ACCUAGUACCCGGAUGUCUAAUCCCCUAUUAGAAUACAUUGCCAAGUACCCGGAUGUCCAAUCCCCUAUUAGAUUACAUUGCAAAGUACCCGGAUGUCCAAUCCCCUAUUAGAUUACAUUGCAAAGUACCCGGAUGUGCAACCCCCCAAAUAGAUUGCAUUGCCGAGUACCCGGAUCUUGAAGGAACCGGUUCCGGUUUGGCGCCAAAUCAUCCCUAAGUCGCUUUCGUGAGGGUGUUGCCGGUGAGUUGGCGUGCAGGGGCGGCGGUGCGUCGCCGUUCAGCGGCGCCUAGGUGGGGCCCAGGCUGCGCCAUGGACGACCGGAGAGUGAACGCCGAGUUCUACGAGCAGCUACAGCUGCUGCAGCAGCAGCAGCAGCAGCAGCAGGAGGAGGCGGGGGAGCAGGCGGGGCCCCUGAUCCGCGUGGAUCCCACGGACGGAGCGGAGUACGAGUGGGAUUCCCAGCGUCAGGCCUGGUUCCCCAGGGUGACCGAUGACCUCAUCCUGGCCUUCCAGACCAACUACGGCAACUUCACCCCCACCGCUGCGGCGGGGGAGGGGCCGAGCGGGGUGUCGGCGGGGGUGGGGCCUGGAGGCAGGGGGGCGGGGCCCGGUAAAGAAGGGGAGGGGACUCGUGGCAGGGGGGUGGGCCCCAGGGGCAGGGGGGUGGGGCCUGCCGGCAGAGGGGCGGGGCCUGUGGGCAGGGGGGCGGGGCCGAAGGGGGAGAAGAGGAAGGGAUCUGAAGCUGGUUGGUUUGAUAUCGAACAGGAGAAGAAUACAAAUGUGUACGUCAGUGGGCUGCCCACGGACAUCACGCAGGAGGAGUUUGAGGAGCUAAUGUCCAAGUGUGGCAUCGUCGUCAGAGAUCCGGCCACGGGCAACCUCAAGUGCAAGUUGUACCGGGAUUCAGUGACGGACACACUCAAGGGUGAUGGGAUCUGCUGCUACCUCAAGAGGGAGUCUGUGGAGCUGGCCAUGCGCCUGCUGGAUGAGAGCUCCCUGAGGGGCUGCACCGUCAAAGUGGAGGCCGCUCGCUUUGCCCUCAAGGGCGACUACGACGCUAGCAAGAGACGCAAGCGGAGCAAGGAGGAGCGCAAGCUGCUCCAGCAGCAGAAGAAGCAGCUGGACUGGAAGCCGGAGAGGACCCCGGGAAGUCUGCGCCUGAAACACGAAAGAGUGGUGAUCAUCCACCACCUGUUCCACCCCAGUGACUUCCAGGAGGAUCCGCUGGUGCUGAAUGAGAUUUCUCAUGAUCUGCGCUCCGAAAGUGAAAAGUUUGGCUGUGUCAAGAAAGUCAUCCUUUUUGAUAGACACCCGGACGGAGUUGCGUCCGUGUCGUUCCGCGAGGCAGAGGAGGCCGACCGCUGUGUGGCCUCCUUGCACGGCCGCUGGUUCGGUGGGAGGCAGCUCCAGGCAGAGACCUGGGACGGUGUCACAGACUACCAGGUGGAGGAGACGAGCCGGGAGCGUGACGAGCGAAUCAAGGGCUGGGAGGGCUUCCUCGGCGCCGACGGAUCGACCAAUCAGAGCCGGCCUCCCGAGGCGCCCGCCACCCCCGCGGCCAAUCGGAGCGAAGGAUCCCCGGCCCCGCCCGCCACCCCCGCGGCCAAUCGGAGCGAAGGAUCCCCGGCCCCGCCCGCCACCCCCGCGGCCAAUCGGAGCGAAGGAUCCCCGGCCCCGCCCGCCACCCCCGCGGCCAAUCGGAGCGAAGGAUCCCCGGCCCCGCCCGCCACCUCCGCGGCCAAUCGGAGCGAAGGAUCCCUCGCGGAGGCAGUCGGCCCGCCAGCCAAUCGGAAGGCGGAUUGUUAAACUGAAUAAAUAAGCGCGGCGUCGGCCAAUCGGUAAUCGACAACUAACAAACAGCAGUUUUUACUUUGGACCUUUCGGUAAAGCCACGUCGAUAGAAAAUACAAAUAAAAAUGUGAUUAAAAAUUAAAUUAAAAAAAUUACAAAUUAAAUUGAAAAUUCAAUAUCAAUUUGAUUGGAACUAAAAUUUAAAUUAAAAAUAAACUCACAAAUUAAAAGUAAAGCAAAAUGCACGUUUAAUUAUAACUAAAAAGAUACUUAAAAAGACAACGAUAAAUCUAAUAAAAUUUCGCGUGAAAUUUGAAAUAAAAUUCGAAGAAAAUUAGAAAUUAAAUUGAAAAAUGAAUUUUUUUAUUGCAGCUAAAAAUUUAAUUAAAAAGGCAGUAAAAUAAACAUUAAAUAAAUUUUAAAAUAAAAUAAUAAAUUACAGAGGAAAAAAUAUCGUUAAAAAAUAAAACGAUAAAUCAGGUCAAAAUUAAGAAUAAAAUUUAUAAUAAAAUAAAAUAAAUAACAAAGAAAAGUUAAAUAACCAUUUAAUUGCAACUAAAAAUAUCGUUAAAAAAAGACAACGAUAAAUCAAGUAAAACUACGCGUGAAAUUUGAAAGAAAAUUCAAAGAAAAUUAGAAAUUAAAUUGAAAAAUAAA